CUGAAGGGUGAUGUCAUCCAGGUGUUCUGCUGUGUCACGCUAACCGCCACGCUUCGGAGAGCUGAUUGGCUGCCUGUGGCGAUGGUGAAAGUUUAAAAAGCGAAGGGAGACAGGGAGAUGGCACAAGUUCCUUGAAGGACGAAGAGGGGAAAGCAACCAAGAAAGUCUGUGGCUGACUAACCUGCAAAAAGAGAAAUCAUGAAGCUGCACACAGUGAUUGCAUUUGCCUGUUUUAUGGGUGCUUGCACUGCAAUUCCAAUACAGCUUGGAAUUAUUGCAAGUAACAGUAAUGAGCUUCUACGCCUCAAUCCACUGGCGUUCUCUGGUGUUGGAUUUGGUCAAGCGCAGACUGCUUCGUUUCUGCCCCCCUACUUGAUCCAGCAAGGGGCGGACAUCGGUCUGCCCUUCAACACCCAGAUGGCAGGCCCCUUCCUCCCCCAGAACCCGUCCAUGGUGGUGCCCACAGGGGGCAACCCUCUUAACCCUGUGCUGUACCCCCCUGGCCAGCAGGAACCACCCCAGGGUGCCCAGGGCCCCCAAGACCCCAACGCCCCCCAGCAGCCUAAAGCUCCCAGUCAGAUGGUUCCUGGGUACUAUCCCACAAUGCCAUUCGGACAGAGACUUGGAGGGCAGAGAUAUCCUUAUUACUACUACAGGUACCCCCAGCCCAACCCCAACAUGGUCCUCCAGCCAACACAAGGUGUCAAUCAAAUGAACUAUGAGCAGACUACCCAGACUCCCCAGCUCCCUCUGCAGGUUUCUCAGACCCAGGGGCAAAUUGAGGCAGUAAGUGUUAUGACAAAUUAA